AGUUACUGCAAUUUUUGGACACUCUGCCAACCUAUGCUCACCACCCUUAGAUAUUAGCAUUACAAUCUUGAUCAUGAAUCCCUUCUUGCAAUGCCUCCCAAGUAAAUUGCCAUGGCAUGUAAAUAUCAAGUGGUUAGUUAAAAAAGAAAAGUCCUCCAUUGGCCAAGCAUCACCUCGGGGCCCCCAGUCUACGAUCGAAACCCCUCCCCGCAGAACCGCCCUGAAGACAGGGGCCCCUUUUGAAUGACAGCGCUUGGGGAGGAAGACGAAUUUUGGUCUGAUUUCCCCCGCAGCCGCAGUGUCGAUGAGAAGCAGUCGAGGAACUCCAUUCUAACUGAAUGGAUUGGCAUGGGGAGAAGCGGACCUCAGAUCACGGCUAAGCUGCAGCUUUUGGACUGUGUUACGCUGAUGAUGGUUGUCAUUUCGCUGCUUUAUCCACCAGCCUUCUGUCAGCAGUGUCGCAUCCAGCGCUGCAAUGCUGAGUACGUGGCGUCUACCUCACCCUCUAGCGGCCUGCAUGAGGAUGCGCCGCCCGAUGUGGACUACUGCAUCGCAUUACGGGCCUAUGCCCUGUGCACCCGACGACAGGCUCGGAGCUGCCGGGGCGACCUAGUCUACCACUCGGCCGUCUUCCGUAUCAAGGAGCUAUUCUCUCAGCACAACUGCUCCAGCGACGGACCCACGUCCUCCGCCAAGGUUCCGAGCACAUCCCGGCCAGCCGUUUCAGAGCUGUGCAACUACGAGAACAGGGUGCUCGCUGUUGGUUCGGGUGGUCAGCAGAAGAAGUAUGCCCACUGUGGAUUAUUCGGAGACCCGCACCUAAGGACUUUCCGGGAUGAGUUUCAGACGUGUAAAGUAGAAGGGGCGUGGCCUCUUAUCGACAACCGUUUCCUAUCAGUACAGGUGACCAACGUCCCGGUCGUCCUAGGCUCAAGCGCCACUGCGACUAGCAAGAUCACAGUCAUCUUCAAGUCCUACCACGGCUGCACGGACCAGAAAGUCUACCAGGCCACUACGGACGACCUGCCGUUAGCCUUUCAGGAUGGCACUCGCAGCGGCGGUGAGAGCGGCAGCCUGACCAUCACGGAACGUGGCGGUUCCGGAGUGGGCCGACAGGUGAAGAUCCAGGCGCGGUACAUUGGCACGUCCAUUAUUGUGCGACGCGUAGGCAGCUACCUGACCUUCGCCAUCCGUAUGCCCGAGGACAUGCUGGACUUUUCCGAGGACGGCGGCGGUCUGCAGUUAUGCCUGCACGGCUGCCCGCGGAACGAGCUCAUCAAGGAGCACACAUUAGGCCGCCAGAGCCAGCAGCACCGGCGACCGGGCGCCGCCACCGAGCUCGGUCCGCUGCGGCCCCCUCACCAGGUCUACACGGUGGAGCGAGCCACGGCAAAGUGUCGAGAGACCCUGCAGGUAGAGGACGUUUACUUCCAGUCCUGCGUCUUUGACUUGCUAACAACGGGAGACCCCGAAUUCUCCAUGGCGGCGUACGGCGCCUUAGAAGAUUUGAAGGCGCUGCCGCCCAGCAAACUCAAGCAGAACUCUCCGAGGAGUCCGCGCCUUUACAACCGAGGGGCGUCACAGACAGCUGCAAUCAACUGCACAGCUUCUGUUCUCACACUUCUACUCGUCAUUGUGCAGCUUUUGUAAAAACAAACAAACAAACAAGCAAACAAAAAGAACUAUAAUGUUAUAUUAAAGACAAGUGGAAGUAUCACCAGCUUGAGGAAAGAGUGACAAGUGCCAAUGUAAUAUUUCUUAAUUCCACCUUUGAAGGAUUGCAAACAGGACAAAAAUAUUAUUACGCGGCUUUUUUUAAAUACUAUAUCUCGGGUUUGAUUUUUGUAAAUAUAAAAAUGUCAUACACACGCUCCACUAUGUGGUGUCUCCAGCCAUAGUCACAGCAUUUAAAAGUAUCAACAGCAUGUUUUGUGUAUUUAAAUGUUAUUUCACAAUGUGGCAUGCUAAAUACACAAGCUCCAACAACUUUAUGUAAAAACUACCUAUCCACCGUACAGUGUACUAUAAUAUACAUGUAAUGCAUUUGGUCGUUCUGUGAAGCACUCCCUCUUCAAGCUAUUUGACUUCCACUGUUAAAAGUUUAGAAAAGAAAUCUUUAUAUAAUAAUAUAUUAAAGACGUGUAUAUAUGUUUUAUAUUGUGUACAUUUGCUGUUGUAUAGUUUUAAGUUGUCAUAUGGUAUGUUGUGUUAUCUAGCCGAUUUUAGUAAAUAAACUAAUGUGUUUUUCUCAAUGUAAUUUUCCAUAUUAAACUGUUGGACACUCCUAAACAGUUUCACUGUUUGUGUUUUUAACUUUUAUAAGCUCAGUGAAAGGGGAAGGUGUGAGUCACAUACAUUUUCGCAGUGAGCCAUACUGAGUAGGUGGUCCUCUUCCAUCCUUAUUUCUUCCAAGGGGAGCAUGACCCAGCAUUUCCUGCUUUAAGAUUAAAUAAAAUGUGUGCGGGUUAAGACAUUUUGAAACACUUUAAUAUGUAAAAGAUGGAAAAUCCAACUUUGACAAACCAUUGUAGUCCUUAUUCAACCCU